AUGUCGACCACGGGGAUUCAACAACUUCUCAAGUCGCACUAUGGGCAGGCAAUGACACCGAUCGGCAACGAUUCAUGGGAGGAGAAGGCUUUUGCCGAGGAUUUCGGGUGCGUGUGGCCUCCGAGGUCUUAUUCAUGUAGCUUCUGCAAUAGGGAGUUCAGGUCUGCUCAAGCUUUAGGAGGCCACAUGAAUGUGCACCGGAGGGAUAGGGCGAGGCUCAAACAGUCGCCUCUCAGCAAUCAAAGCGACGAAAUCCCGAGCCAGAAUCGGAACCCUGGUCUUUCUAGUACCCUUCGUCCCUAUCAGCUCCAGUCCGAAGCUGUUUCAUGUUUGGAUCACAAAAAUGACCUCAAUUCAAACCCUAGCAACUAUUUCACACCAUCCCUUUCAGCUAGGGUUUUAGGUUUAUCAUCAUCCGACAAAAAACUACCUCUUACUGAAGAGUUGGUCUAUUCUCCUUAUUAUUCUGUCCUUGUCAAGGAAGGGCAAAAGGUUCUUUUUGAUCCCAAGACCAUGAAGGUUCAUUGCUCGUCCGACAAGAACCGGCUCGAGAUGCAAAAAAUUUUAAGGGAGGACGAAUAUGAGUGUUUUGAUGGUUCGUCCAGCGUGACCGAUUUAUCUGUGGGGUUGAGUUCUAACUUCGGCCGCCGUCCAGCAGCCAUCAGUUCUUGCGGCGAUGAAGCAAUUAGUCUCAAAAGGCCGAAAACAACAGAAUCAUCUUGGCUAACUGUUCUUAAUCCGUGUUCAUCCACUGGUGGCUAUCCUCUGAAAUCAGAUGUUCAAAUUGGGCUCAAGAUUAGCUCCAUGGAGGACUUGGACCUUGAGCUCAGACUUGGUGAUCCUCCUAAGGUGAAAUAG